AUGUCUAUCGCCUCCACGCUGGUAGUCGUAAUCCUGGGUCUGAUAUACCUAGUGACUGGGUAUGAACCCCACGCUUUUCUGCGAGUUCGAGAUGAUAAUUUCAGUGACCUGAUAAAGCUGUCGCUUUCUAGAAAUGACAAGGUCAUCCCUCGGCGCGAGUUCUGCAACGGGGUCAAAGGUGGUUAUCAGUGUUUCACUAAUAUAUCCCACCACUGGGGCGCCUACUCGCCUUACUUCUCCCUCGCUGAGGAGGGUAUCAAUGGCGCUAUUCCAAACGAAUGCGAUGUUACUUUUGUGCAGGCCCUGUCGCGCCAUGGUGCACGAUAUCCCACUGCAUCCAAGAGCAAGAAGUACAAGAAGCUCCUAGAAGCUAUACAGGCCAACGCUACAGCCUACAAGGACAAGACUCAAUUUUUGCGCUCGUACAAUUACUCGUUGGGCAGCGAUGAUCUGAUCCCAUUCGGUGAGCGUGAGAUGGUAAAUUCAGGCAUCAAGUUUUACAACCGAUACAAAGCCCUCACACGAGAUUACAUCCCAUUCAUCCGCUCAUCAGGCUCUUCCCGUGUGAUUGAAUCGGGCGAAUUCUUCAUCCAAGGCUUCAAUCAAUCUAAGACCCAAGAUAAUGCCGCUAAGAAGAACCAAUCAAGUCCCACAAUCAACGUGGUUAUAUCCGAAGACACAGGCAUGAACAACACCCUCAACCACAACACCUGUCCAGCCUUUGAGGCCAGUGAGCUUGGCGACAACAUUUCAGACAACUACACAGCCAUCUUCGCACCAGGCAUCAAGUCCCGCCUAGAAUCCAGCUUACCAGGGGUCACCCUCUCAAACAAAGAAGUCGUCUACCUAAUGGAUAUGUGCCCCUUCGACACGCUCUCCAAAACAGCCGACGGAAAAGUCCAAUCCCCCUUCUGCGCCCUCUUCACCGACGCAGAAUGGAUCCAAUACGACUACCUCCAGUCACUGAGUAAAUACUACGGCUUCGGCGCCGGAAACCAACUCGGCCCAACCCAAGGCGUUGGCUUCGUCAACGAGCUCAUAGCUCGUCUGACCCACACAGCCGUCCACGACGACACGUCUACGAAUCAUACCCUGGACGCUCCAAAUGCCCCUACAUUUCCUCUCUCUCGCUCCCUCUAUAUUGAUUUCACCCAUGACAACGGCAUGAUACCAAUUUUCUCCGCGCUGGGUCUGUAUAACGGCACCGUACCACUUCAGCCUAAUCACGCUGCGUCAGUUGGAGUGGAAGAUGGCUUUUCCGCUGCGUGGACUGUGCCUUUUGCCGCGCGUGCUUAUGUCGAGGUCAUGCAGUGUCGUGGGAAGAGUAAGCCCGAUCCACUGGUUCGUGUGCUUGUUAAUGAUCGCGUUGUGCCGCUACAUGGCUGCACUAUUGAUUCGUUGGGGAGGUGUCGGCUUGAUGAAUUUGUUCGUGCACUUGACUUUGCGAAGACUGGUGGGGAUUGGAACGCCUGUUAUACUUAG